AUUCUGGUUCUAAGUUUUGUUUAGUAGGUCGUUUACAAGUUUUGUGGUAAGAGUAUUAGUUGUAAAGCAGCGUUUUUCUAUUUAUUUAAUAUAAGAAAUUUAACAAAAUGCCGUACGCUAAUCAACCAUCAGUUCAUAUUUCGGAUUUAACUGAGGAGAAUGUAAAAUUUCAAGUUGAAGAUACUGAGUUAAGCGUGGCAAAUAGUAUGAGACGUGUAUUUAUUGCUGAAACACCUACCAUGGCUAUCGAUUGGAUCCAGUUAGAGGCCAAUUCAACAGUUUUAAGUGAUGAAUUUUUGGCCCAUAGAAUUGGAAUGAUACCAUUAAUCAGCGACGACGUUGUUGAUAGGAUACAAUAUACAAGAGACUGUCAGUGCAUGGAUUUUUGUCCAGAAUGUAGCGUGGAGUUUACUCUUGACGUAAAAUGUACAGAGGAUCAAACAAGGCAUGUCACCACAGCAGAUUUUAAGUCUAGUGACCCACGAGUACUUCCUGUUACUUCUAGACACAGAGAAGAUGACGCUAGUGAAUAUGGAGAAACAGAUGAAAUAUUGAUAGUAAAACUACGUAAGGGGCAAGAACUAAAACUUAGAGCGUAUGCCAAAAAGGGCUUUGGAAAGGAACAUGCAAAAUGGAACCCAACAGCUGGUGUGAGCUUUGAGUAUGACCCAGACAAUUCUAUGAGGCAUACUCUAUUUCCAAAACCUGAUGAAUGGCCAAAAUCGGAAUACAGUGAAUUAGAAGAAGAUCAAUAUGAAGCACCAUUCAAUUGGGAAGCUAAGCCGAAUAAAUACUAUUUUAAUGUUGAAAGCAGUGGUGCCUUAAAGCCUGAAAACAUUGUAAUGAUGGGUAUUGCAGCGUUAAAGAAUAAAUUGUCCAACUUGCAGACACAGCUAAGUCAUGAAGUUCAAAGUGAUGCUUUGAGUAUUCAUCAUUAAAGGAUACAUAUAAUUAAUACUUAUUUGAAAUAAAAUCAUUCCCUACUAUCCCCUGUAAAAUAAAGUAAUCAUUAAUCAUAA